CUUUCCUUGUAUCUCUCAAAACCAUAUAAAACACUACCCUACACAGUUGCUUUGUGUUUUAGCCUAAAACCCUGAAAAUGACGGACACAGCAGGAGAAAGAAAGGAUGAGAAGAAAGUGAUGGUGGCAAUUGAUGAGAGUGAACACAGUUACCAUGCACUCAUGUGGGUUCUUGACAAUCUCAAGGACUCACUCAAGUCUCCGCUCAUCAUUUUCAUGGCACAGCCUGCUACCUCAGACAAUUACACUUUCCAAGCGUCUCUCAGCAAUGCUCGCAUAUAUUGUCCUUUCUCAACCACUGAGCUAGUUAACUCUGUUAAAAAUCAUCACCAGAAGCUCACAUUGGCUUUCUUGGAGAAAGCUAAGGAUAUCUGUGCCAGCAGAGGGGUGGUUGCAGAAAUGGUUACAGAGAUUGGAGAUCCUAAAGUGACAAUAUGUAGUGUGGCUGAAAAGCUCAAUGUCAAUCUGCUCGUUGUAGGUGAGCAUGAGUUAGGAAGAAUCAAAAGAGCUGUUGCGUGGAGUGUGAGCAAUUAUUGCUUUAAAUAUGCCAAGUGCCCUGUUCUGAUAGUGAAGAAACCACAAUAAGGAAAAGCAUCCUAGUAUGCAUUCAAGCUAAGCAUAUUUGUUUGAAGAGACAUAACUUAUAUAUGAUUCAGAGAUAAGUUAUCUACAUUCUACAAAUGUAGCAUGACAUGUGAGGUAAACUACGUCUGUUCCGUUAGGUUCCCCAACUGCCAAAAGUGAAGGAUGAUUUCAUUUAAUAUCUUACAUUAAACAUGACAUGGUAUUACUCUCUGUCUCAUAAAUUUCACUGCAAUUUUAUUUCCUUAGUGUUGAUUCUCAUAUGAAGGACAUUUGAAGUCCAUUUCAGUUAUAUAACAUACAUAUCUUCCUAGUC